AUGCUCGAUUUCGACGUGGACGGCCCGGGUAGCUCUCCAUUCCAGAGCCACGUCGAGAGCCGCACCAUGAGCAAGCAGUGGGAGUCGCAUACCACCACCGAGACCCGCAUGGAGACGCACAUGGAAGAGCAGACGUUGGACAUCUUCGCGACGCCGAUGAAGCAGUCGGCAGGAGACGACAUGAUGGACGAGGACAAGGAGAACGUGCCGGAGCAACACACCACGACAUCCCCGCAGAAGCUGGUCUUCUCGCCCAAGAAGAACUCGCGCCCAUGCACGCCCGAAGAGAAGCCAAUCGAGCGGGCAGCGUCGCCGGUGACGGAGAAGAGGAGGAGCAGCAAAGACUCCGACUUGAUGCCGCCGCCAUCAACACGCCGCACCCCCAAGCGGUCUGCCCUGAACACCUCCCAAAGCGCAGCCAACAUGCCGAGACAGAGCGCUCUCCGCGGCAACUCCUACAAUGGCCUUGAGCGAACCGACACCAACUCAUCCGGCGCAUCUUCCUUCCAAGCCGGCCUCGACCUGCGCGCCUCGCACAUGUCCCACGCACAACCACACCACGAUUCGAGCAACCUGGACGACACCUGCUUCAGCGCCUUCUCUGAGAUCCCCGAGAUGACCGUCUUCGCCAAGCUGGGCCAGAGUCCCACCAAGCGCGGCGACAUGCAGAGGACGCCAGGGAAAGGUGUUGAUGCUACUCCACGCACGUCCCGCAAGCGUUCGUCGCCUUCCCGCUCCCCAUCUCCCACACCGCGUCGGCUAAAGACUCCAGCGAAUCACGAUGGUACCACCUUCCUCAUAGACUUCACCCAGCAGAUGGAGAGUGUCGGCUCCUACAGACACUCACCAGCCAAGGCCAACACCCAGCCAGAUCUGCUCAAGUACAUGAACAGCCAGCGGUCACCCAACAAGUCCAGCAAUCACACCUACUCCACACCUCGCAAGGAGAACAACAUCCUGCAUCUCCUCGACUUUGAGCUUCCACCUGCGCCAACCCCUCGAUCUGUCCCUACCAUUACCGUCCGCGAGCUGGAGUCGCUCAAGUCGUCAUAUCUAUCACAGAUCUCCUCUCUCAAGGCAACUUUGAGUGGCCGUGAAGCAGAGGUCGAGAGUCUCAAGCGGGCGGUCGGUGAUGCUGAGCGUCGUGUGGGUGAAGCGCAAGAGACUUUACGUGAGGAGAAGGAUAGACGCGAGUGGGCUGAGCAAGAGAAGGCAAGCUGGGAGAAGCGCGGACAAGAGGUUGAGAAUGUUCUCAAGAGCGUCAAAGAGGAGGUCAUGAAGGGAGAGUCGGAAAAGGAGGAGCUCCUUCGCAAAAUGGACGACUGUGAGAGACGAGCCGAAGAUGCUGAGGCCAGGGCGAUCAGGGCAGAGGAGCGAUUCGCCGAAUCUUUGGCUGCUAGGGCCAGCUCAGGAGAUGGCGACCCAGCUGCGGUUGAAGAGCAGGUCCAACGCCUGGUGGCCGCUCAGAUCGACGCCAAGAUCGAGGCGGUCAGUCGUGAGCUGCACACCGUCUACAAGGAGAAGCACGAGCGCAAGGUGGCGACGCUGAAGAAGAGCUACGAGGCUCGUGGGGAGAAGAAGUGCGCCGAGCUGCAACAGAAGUUGGGUGAACUCGAAAAGCAAAACGAAGACCUGCUCGCUGCGAAGGAUGCGACCUUCUCUGGUCCUCUCCACGGCACCUCACCUUCCAAAGCCCAGAAGGAGGCCGAGGCGGAACUCAAGGCCCAGAUCAAGGAACAUCGAGCCCAUCUCGCACGCCUUGAGAACGAAAUGCAGACAUCGCAGCAACAGCAAGACCAACUCAUGCGCGAACUUGAGCAAGAACGCAUCGAGAAAGGAGAUCUGGUGGCUGCCGUCGAUGAGAUGCUUGCUUUGCAAUCCGAGCAAGGUCCCUCCCAAGGUGCCAUGAGCGUGGUCGAAGACUUCAGGAAGAGCAUCGGUCGGCCUCCGUCGUCGCUACGUGUACCAGGCGGUGGCAUCCCUAUGCCAGGCGAGAGCAAGAUUGGACGCGGUGCGGCCAGUGGUAUUGGUAGGAGUCGUGUCACAGGCGGUGGUGUGCGAGCGAACAUCGAGCGGAUGGGACGCCUCGGGAGUGGUGCGAGCGCAGAGUAG